AUGAUGUGGACAGAUGAUAAAAGUGUCCUUACUGUUCAUGAGGAGCAGCCCGGGAAAGAUGAGCCUAUCGAUGAAGGAGUUUGCAGCAAGAACAGAAGCUCUGGAAUGUCAGAAUCCUUUACUGUGGAAGAAGCAAUUGAGGCUGUCGGUUUCGGACGGUUUCAGUGGAAACUCUCAAUGCUAACAGGAGUUGCGUGGAUGGCCGAUUCUAUGGAAAUGAUGCUCCUUAGUAUUGUAACUCCUCAACUGCGCUGUGAGUGGAGGCUCUCGAGCUGGAAAGUGGCAUUCAUAACAGCGAUAGUGUUCAUUGGAAUGAUGGUCAGCUCCUCACUUUGGGGGAACAUUUCAGAUAAAUAUGGCCGAAAAGUGAGUUUAAUACUGUGCCUGCUGUGGACAUUGCACUAUGGGCUUCUCAGUGCUUUCACACCUGUUUACAGCUGGAUCUUAGUCUUGCGAUGCCUUGUGGGAUUUGGCUUAGGAGGAGCCCCUCAGUCAGUGACAUUAUAUACUGAAUUCCUCCCGAUAAAAUCCAGAGGGAUAUCUAUAAUCCUGUUAGGGGUGUUCUGGGCCCUGGGUGCUGUGUUUGAAGUGUUACUGGCUAUGGUGGUCAUGCCCACAUUAGGCUGGAAAUGGCUGCUAGCUUUCUCCACCUUUCCUCUUGUUAUCUUUGCUGCCUUCUGCUGUUGGUUACCAGAAAGUGCUAGAUUUGAUGUACUGAGGGGCAGAGAAGACAAGGCCCUGGACACUUUGAAAUACAUAGCAGCAGAUAAUGGGAGUUCUAUGCCUACUGGAAGACUUAUAGCCAACACUCAGACUGAGCGCGGAAGAAUUAGAGAUCUUUUUAUUCCAGAAUACCGCAAAACAACACUUUUGGUCUGGAUUAUCUGGUUUUGUAAUGCUUUUUCAUAUUAUGGUAUUGUGCUGCUGACCACUGAAAUGUUCCAAGCAGGAUCUGCGUGUAGUGCUACUGAUAACUCAAAUAUGGAACCUCAGUGCAGUUUGGAGUGUAAUUAUCUGACUUUUAAUGAUUAUAUGGACCUUCUGUGGACUACCUUAGCAGAAUUUCCAGGUAUUCUGGUCAGCCUGUGGAUGAUUGAUCGAAUUGGCCGGAAAAAAAGCAUGGCAAUUUGUUUCUUAUUGUUCUCUGUAUCUAUUUUGCCAUUGUAUGUCUGCACACAUAGGACAGUUCUCACAGUCUUUAUUUUCAUUGCUCGAGCCUGUAUAACAGGGGGCUGGCAGGUUGCAUAUGUUUAUACACCUGAGGUUUUCCCUACAGCAACCAGAGCUAUUGGUAUUGGUACAGGGAGCGGGAUGGCUCGUGUUGGAGCUCUCAUCACACCAUUUAUUGCUCAGGUCCUUCUGAAGUCAUCAGUUUACCUGACUGUCUCUGUGUAUUUAAUAUGUUGCUUGCUGGGCACAGUGGCAUCCUUGGUAUUGCCCACUGAAACAACAGGGCGGAGCCUCCAGGAAUCAACGCAAAGCACCAUGGAACAAAAAAACAUGGACAUGCCACAUGACUCUGAGAUGGCCGAAUCCUCCAGCAACACAUGUCCUUAACAGCACAUG